AUGGUGAAGGGACCUAAGGGUGAACAAAUAUACGAUUUUCGUGAGAAAACAAGUGGCAAAUCUGAUUUCGUUGUGCAUAAUGAAGGCGUUUAUGAGUUCUGUUUCUCUAACAAAUCGCCCUACAUGGAAACCGUAGACUUUGAUGUCCAUUCUAGCCACUUUUAUAAAGAUGUUAAACAUGCACAAAAUGAUCAUUUCAAUUCGAUUAUGGAACAAAUAUCUAAGUUGGGAGAUGCUCUACAUAAGAUUCAAUUUGAACAACAUUGGCUUCAGGCUCAGGCUGAUCGACAUGCAAUAAUAAAUGAAAAAAUGAGUAAGAGAGCUAUGCACAAAGCUCUCGGGGAAUCUGCUGCUUUGAUCGGUGCUAGCAUACUACAAGUGUACCUUCUCAAACGUCUCUUUGAACGAAAGAUUGGGAUUUGGGUGAAACUUGUUUCUACUUCGGUCGUGUGUUCCGACUUCUGCUCCAUCCUCAUCGUAUCUGUAUUCCAACGCAUAAUCCGAAACGAUUCAAAGAUGCGGAUGUCUUCGAUUGCGAUUGCGGCGGUCUUUAUGGUGAUUCUGACGGCGAACAUAGGGGAAGUGUUCGGGAUCAGGUUUGUUAUAGACAGGGACGAGUGUUUUUCGCAUAAGUCCGAGUACGGUGCCACGGUUCGAUUUUCGUUUGUCGUCAUUAAGGUCGAAGGUGCGUGGCAUUAUAACGAAGAUGGCGUCGAUCUUGUGGUGACUGGGCCAAAGGGUGAACAAAUUCAAGAUUUUCGUGAUAAGACAAGUGACAAGUCUGAUUUCGUGGCACAUAAUGAAGGCCUCUAUAAAUUCUGCUUCACCAACAAAUCACCCUACCAUGAAACCCUAGACUUUGAUGUCCAUUCCAGCCACUUCUAUAACGAUGUUGAGCAUGCAAAAGAUGAUCAUUUCAAACCGAUUUUGGAACAGAUAUCAAAGUUAGAGGAUGCUUUAUAUAACAUUCAGUUUGAACAGCAUUGGCUUGAGGCCGAGACCGAUCGACAAGCGAUAAUAAACGAAGGAAUGGGCAAAAGGGCAAUGCACAAAGCGGUUGUGGAAUCAGCAGCUCUGAUUGGUGCGAGUGUGCUGCAGGUGUAUCUUCUCACGCGGCUGUUUGAACGAAAGCUUGGGUUGUCUAGAGUUUAAUGUGUCAUCUCAGUAUGGAAUCCUUUAAUUUAAUUUGUUACACAACUUUUGUUAUCAGCUCUUUCUCUCUCUCCCUCUUAUAUAUACACCACCAAAUUUGCACUUGAAAAACUGUAAUUCAGAAGUGGGUGUACAAAGUCUUGAUUAUAAUUAUUUUCACCUCAGAAAUCCUUGUUGCUUCUCUCCCUCUUUUGACUAUUUAAUUGUUUGUUUUUCUUAAUUAUAUGAAUGUUAUUACAACAGAUUUGGGAUGUAUUUUGAUUUUCUAUGUUUAACAAGAAAAAAGUUGAGAAAUUGUUUGAGUAAAUUAUAAAUUUGGAUGCCCUUGGCUCAUUUUACAAUAUUGGCCUAUUUUUAGUGUUUCAUAAAGCUUUUGAUACUUUCAUAUAUGCCUUGCACAU